AUGACAGAGGUGUCGCAUUCCCGGACGCGGUCGGUCGACACCGAGAUGCACGAGCUAAACUUCGAAGCCGACUACCUAGAGGAAAAAGCUCAUGUGGUGCCCUCAGGGACCAACGGUGCCGAUGCCAAGCUGCAGCGGCAUAACAGCGACCCAGACGCGCAAGCCAUGGUCAUUGCGUCGCUGCGCUCCCAGAUCCAGGACCUCUUCUCGCAGGUGUCCCAGCUAAACAACAAAUUGGUCGGCUCGUAUGAUCGCGUGUCGGAUCUCGAGGACGAGCUGCACGUUUCGUCGGCCAACCUGCGCCAGUCGACGCUCAGGAUAUCCGAACUAGAGCUGGAGCGGUCGCAGCAUCUUUCUGCACUUAGCACGGGUUUGCUGGUAGAAAAGGACCAUGUCACGACCGAACUCACGCGUCUCAUGGAGAAGGCGACCGAGGAGGCUGCCCAGCGCGGACAGGCAGAGACUGCGCGGGCUCAGAUCGAGAAGGAUUUGGACGACCUCAGCGCGAGUCUAUUCAAUCAGGCAAAUAGCAUGGUCGCGGAGGCACGUAUAGGGAAGGCGAGGAGCGAACGUAAAGCUGAAGAGACAGAGCGUGCGCUGCGAGAGGCGGAGGAAGUUGUAGGCAUUCUACAGGGGCAGAUGCAAGCACUGCAGGCAGAGAAAGAGCAUGCAGAUCAGGAGGUUGACGAAAUGCGCCUUCGAAUGGGCAAGGGCAAGUGGGUGGACCGACCGCAAGACCCGGAACAAGGGCGACCACGCUUACUGAACAUACAUCCCCCGUAUCAGGAAUUCAUCGCAUUCCUCUCACACCUCCGGACGAUCCGUCCGGCGAGUCCUCAACCGCCCGCGAUGUCCACGCUUUUGCCCCUUCCCUUCCUGGCGCGACUGAUCACCGAAGACUCCGAUCCUACUGUCAGGCUUGAUCUCGCACCUUCACUCAACUGGCUCACAAGAAGAUCGGUCAUUUCUGCUAUCCAUAGCGGUCAGCUAACGGUCGAGCCUAUGCAUACCGUCACGCUACUGGAAGAAUUGGCGCCGUCUACGAUACCCGGUCAUGCUCACAAUAUCCAGGUGUCCUGUGCUCUCUGUGGAACAACAAUAUUUUCGCCUACGACUACUGAUUCUCCUACGGUAUCCAACUUCCCACCUUCUCCCCUACCAAACCGACAGAAUCUCAAUAAUUCGUGGUCUUCCUCGCUGUUGCGUAGCGUGCAGUCCAUGUCUGCCGCGAACCAAGGUGCAAAGAGCCAAUCUCCGAUGCCAUCUGCACCUACCGAGCCGCCGACCCAGGUCUAUAUUUUCCGCGUUGCUGCAACCUCGUCCGGUCUUCCAGUGUCCCUGCCGAUUACCUCGCAGCAAAAUACCGCACAAAAUCGUCCCACAAUAUACCCAUUAUGCACCACCAUGUGGUGCUUGGCCCGUCUUCGUACGACAUGUUCGAUGUGGGCAUUUGUGCGCACUGGAAUCGUUGAGAAGAUUUGGGAGGAGACUCCGUACGUUCCUCCCUCACGUCAUUCGCCUAUGAAUAGUGUUACCGGUGUAAAUGGCGUCGAGAAGCACGAUGGGCUCAACGGCAUAACGGAUGCGGACAAGAAGCCCCCUGUCCCUCCUCGCAGGACGAGAAUGGGUAUCGGGGCGCUCUGGGGUACGGUACAGCGCAGUCUCAGCAGUGGAGGGAAAGAGCUUGAGUCUGAGAUUACGCAGCCGAAGGAGAACGAGAAAAAGCCGGAGAAGCUUUUGCCAGCUUCGCCAAAGAGAUUUCCUGUACCCCCACCUAUACACCCUUCGCUAUCAGCACCACCUGCGACCAAGACCCCUACGGCACUGUCGUCCGUCCCACCACCCUUGCCCAAGCGCAAUAGAGGCAGAGAUACAAACACUAAGAUCGCAUCGACACCAGAGCCUGACGAGAAGGCGGAACCGCCUUCGUUGUCUCGCGUUACUUCCCAAGAAACUUCAGGAGACGACUUCGCCACACCCUCUGAAGAGCCGAGAUCUCUAAUUGGGGCACGAUCUGUUUCGCCGACUACUAUUCCUCUUCCACCAUCGUCCCCGCCAACGCCCGAACCACAUCCAGAAUCCGAACCUAAUACUGGUCACCCACAAGAUCUCCCUCAGGAUGCUACCGCUGCCGAAGCUUCCUUCCUUCCUACUGCCCUGGCCCCUGUGGCAAAUCAGGUGAACGACAGCGAGAAAUCAUCGCGUACUGCAUCCCCUGCCCCUCCGCCCCUUCCCCGUCGCGCAGCUGCUCGUCUCCGACCUGUGUCUGUUAUCAUACCUCCCCCUGCGGAGUCUACUCCCACUGAAAACGCGGAGAUUGUACCUGACCAAAGCGGAAAGCAGAGUGACACAGUAGCUCUCAAUGAUAGCGUGGACGAUACUAGCCGUACCACCCCCGAAGUUACUGUCGAAACGAUUCUUCCGUCUGAGUCUGAUCCAUCAGCCGAGCCUGUGUUUUCUACCGAAGCCAUCCCGCCAAUCACGGAUAGUACCAAUGAGCUGGCUGCCCAUUCCCUCGCGACAACAGAAGCUCAGCCCCUUGCUGCGGAAGAAGAUAACGGGGACGCUCCAGCUGACGCCAUGCAAUCCUCCGAGGAACCUUCAGAAAAUCAGCAAGUCGACAAGACUGUACCUGCAGAUGCACCGCAUGCGGAUGGGCCACCAUUGGAUACCGCAGUUGACAAUCCAGCGGAUGAACAACUAGAUAAACACGAGGACGAUGGUAAUGCCGAGGUGCCUCGCGAAGAGGAAAUGUCGGCGUCCUCGCCCGUUGCUUCGUCAAUAAACGGAGUUGUAGAUGGCGUGGAAGGCCAACCCGUCAAGACACAGCCCGAAGUUCUUGAGGCAGAGGGACUUGUGAAAGACCCUUUGGCUGCCGAAGCAGACGCGGUGGAGUCUUCCGUCGAGGAGGAUAGCCGAAUAUAUGUCGGUGAUACGAUGUGGGAAGAGAGGACGUGGAAGGAGCUGAUGAGGCUGCGGGAAGAGAUGUACUGGGCCCGGGUCGGAGGAGUGCGCUGA